GCACGUCACUGGCGCAUGUUAAUCAUUUAUAUUUACUGCUGCGAGACGACAAUCACUAAGAGGAACAAGAGUCAAAGGUCUCAUCCAGACAUCAGUAAAGAAGAAGCCCUCUGUGAAUGUUGGCUGCCUACAAAAAUCAGGACAAGAGCUGCGUACUACCCAGCGUCGGCCAGCAUGGAGGGGAUCGCAGGAAGCAUUCUAUUAUUAUGCCUGAUCAGCCUAACUAAUGCAAAUAGCAGUCCUGAAAUCACCCAACUUGUUUACAAUGUGUGUGAAGACACCCCUAAAGAUCAACCAGCAUUUACUAUAGCUGCAUCAGAUCCAGAUGGUGACCCACUGACUUACACACUCAGUGGGAUCGACGCUUCAAACUUCAGAGUUGAAGCAUCUACAGGGGUUGUAUAUGUUGCAAGGGAUCUUGAUAGAGAGACUUCGGUGUUAUUGUCACUUGUAGCUACUGUUUCUGAUGGCGUGAAUCAGAGAAAUGGAGACUUAAGCAUAAUAUUAGGUGAUGACAACGACAACCCACCCAUCUUUGAGAGGCCUUCUUAUGACACAAGUGUUCCAGAAAAUAUUCCUGUAGGCACAACUUUGUUUCAAGCAUCAGCCUCUGAUGCUGAUACAGGAACUGCUGGCAUUGUUACAUACGCCAUUGAUGAAGUAAUCCCAAACGACGGAUUUAGUCUGUUCAGCAUCGUAAGAGAAACUGGUGUAGUCACACUGAGCAAGCCUCUGAAUUAUACCUCACUGAGUACUUACUAUCGACUGAAGAUUAAUGCCAGUGAUGGUGGAGGCAGGUGUCAUUAUACUGAUACAGUAUACCAGUCAAGGGUUGUUUAUUCCUUCGUUACUGUUGAGGAUGUCCCAGAUCUUGACCCUGAGUUCAUCGGCAUUCCCUACGUUGGAAGUGUUCGUGAGAAUUCACCUGUGGACACAUUUGUACUUAAAGUGACUGCUGUGGACCAAGACAGAGGAGUCAAUGAUGCAAUCGUCUAUAGCAUUGAAGAGUCCUCAGAAGCUGGCCUGUUUAAAAUCUCAAGCAGUGAUGGUGUCAUAUCUGUACAGUCAGGAAUCGACAGAGAAGUUAUUGGUGACACUGUAACUCUGACUGUGAAGGGCACUGAGUCUAAAGAAAACAUCCACGGGGUCCGUGCCAGCGUCACAACAACUGUGCAGAUCAACAUCCUUGAUGACAAUGACAAUGGGCCAAUGUUUUACAAGUGUGGAGACUCAGGGGAAGACUGUGUAACAGCAACUGAAUUCACUGGUGAGAUCUUGGAGCACUCACUGGGAUCUAUUAAUAUUGGCAUGACUGUCAAAGAUCUUGACAAGAUUUCAAACACUCAGCUAAUCCUGGAGGGAGAGGACAAAGCCGUGUUUUCUGUGGAACCUCAAUUUACCACCAUAGACAGCAUCGUUCAGAUCAUGAUCAGGCAACCCGAAAAUCUGGAUUUUGAAAAAAAACAGCAAAUGAUUUUACAGGUGACUGCUGUAGAUCAAGAUGAUCCCACUUUCAGCUCCACUGCUCAAGUCACUAUAAACAUCAAGGAUGGCAAUGACAACAGUCCAACCUUCGAACAGGACACAUACAAGUUAAAUGUGCCAGAGCAUUCACCCAUUGGGACAGAAUUGGACACAAUUACAGCAGAUGAUCCAGACACAAUGGAUAAAGGCAACCUGACAUACAAACUUUUUCCCGACAGCAUAUUACCCUACUUUGACGUGGAGUCACGCACUGGCAGAGUUUAUGUGAAAAGCCAAGAGCUCCUGGAUCGUGAGCUCAGAUCUCUGUAUACAGCAACUCUACAGGCCAGAGACUCAGAUGGGAAGCCUGGCUCUACAGUACUGGAGAUCACACUGACUGACAUCAACGACCAGCCUCCAGUCAUGAACAGAGAUUCUUACGUGGCUUUUAUUAGAGAGGGCCAAGAGCUUGAAGUCAUAAUAGAGGCUACUGAUGGAGAUGAGCCCAAUACUCCAAACAGCCAAAUUGUGUAUGAUAUCGUGUCAAGCACAUACAGUAAGAACUUCACUAUAGACCGUGACACCGGUGUUUUGACAAACAGCAUUGAACUGGAUCGUGAGGCCGUGGAUCCAGAGCUGGGAGGGGAGAUUAACCUUGUAGUGACUGCUACAGACCAGGGUGAACCCCAAAGAUCCACCAGUGUCACGGUUACCAUCAAUGUACAGGACAUCAAUGAUAACACGCCAAAAUUUUUUGCCCCAUCUUACAAAUUCUCUGUUAAAGAAGGAGAAAAAGGUGCAUUUGUUGGCUCUGUUGAAGCUCAGGAUUUGGACCAAACAGCAGAGUUUAAUCGCAUCUCUUUCAGCAUUGUCGAUGGGAGCUUUGGGAACUUCAUCAUUCGAACCUCCGCUGCCACAACAGGUUUCAUAGGAAACAUCACUGUGGACCCAGACAUUGAGCUAGACUAUGAGAAAGGCCCCACAAAGUUUAGUAUGAAGGUAGAUGCAGCAGAUCUGGAGCAGAAGAAAGCUACAGUGACGGUGGAUGUAGAUGUGCUUGACGUAAAUGACGAGAGACCCGAGUUCAAGCCAAUAGCAUCUAUGACAGUGAAGGAGAACACCACAGUAGUGGAAGCUGUUGGGAUUUUUAAAGCGGAAGAUAAAGACGGGGACCAUUCUCUGGUCUUUGAGCUGGAAUCCGUCAAAUGCAGAUGCAACAACAGCCUGGAUUUCUGCGACUGGUUUGUCCUGGAUCCAAACGGAGAGGUCAGGGUCAACCCUAAGGUCACGGUGGAUUAUGAAAAAUGCCACCAGGCGAUUGUAGAGGCUCAGGUGGUGGACAUUUACACAGAGAAGGGAUACAACAACAGUGCCACGACAGGCCUAAUGGUGAUCAACAUUGAAGACAUCAAUGACAAUGCUCCAGAAUUCAUUUUCUCAGACAGUCAGGUGUUUGUUGUGGUGUCAGAAAGUGCAAGCAAAGGGACAUCAGUUGCGGGGGUUACCGCUACAGAUCGUGACAGUGGCAUAAACAGUCAGAUUGAGUUUAAAGUGACAGACGUCAAAUUCCAAAACACCAACAAUCAAAUAAGUAACAAGGGGGCACUUUUUGAGGCUGUCACCACACAGCAAAAUGACCGCUAUGUUGGGAUUAUUCAAUCUACACAGACACUUGAUUUGACACUGAAGGGGAAGUAUUUGGUAACAGUCUCUGCGACUGAUCCCGGCGGCCUGUCCUCUAGCACCGUGCUGGAUAUUUUCACAGUCGAUGAAUCCUACAAAGUCGAACUCAGGUUUGCAAAUAAUCAGAUUGAGGUUGAAAAAAAGCUCACUGAGAUCAGGAGAGCACUCAUGACUGCCACUAAGGCUGCCGUUGAAAUUGUUGCUCUUAGGCCUUACAGUGAGCCAUCCAGGGCUACAGACAAAACCAUUGUGGUAGCUUAUUUUGUCUACGCCAAUGGAACAGCCCUUACCUCUGUUCAAGUGGAAAUAAUGCUCUCUGAUCCGGAACACUUUCCGAAGCUGAUAGAGCUUGGGCUAGAUAACAUUGGGACUGCUCCUGAGGAAGAAAAAACAGUGGACACAGUAAAAUAUGUCCUGCUGGGGAUUGUGGCAGGCCUAGUCAUUGUGCUUCUUGUCCUCACCACUUCACUGCUGUGCACUCGCAGAAACUACAGAAGGAAGCUUAAGGCCGCUAAAGCUGCAGAAUCUGCAUCCAGUAUGAAUUAUGACAACCAGAAAAACGGUCUUAUGCUACCUGGAACCAACAAGUACACCAUGGAAGGUGCUAAUCCCGUGCUCAACCUCAACAUCGAUACAGCCAUUGAGUUAGAAGAGAGCAGCUCUGAUGAUGACAAACACAGCCAUCUAAGCUUCAAGUCCGACGACUCGAGAUCUGAAACACUAAACUUUGGACAUCAGAAAGAGGAUGAGGACAGCGAGCCACCAAUGUACGUUGAGCCUUUGGAUGCAGCACUGGCCCAGCAAAAGAAAAGCACUGACAACCCCCUCAUGGGGUACAGCAACCCUGUAUUUGACACCACAGAUUUGUAAUGUAAAUAAUGAAGGCCAGAUGCCUCAGCUAGACAAAUGUAGCUUCUUUGUAAUCAGGCUUACCAAAUCAAACAUAUUCUAUAGUUCUUGAUGAAGACUUCAUCUUCAAAUAGCCUUCUCUGUAUUACAGAUUUAACUUUGAAGCCUAAACACCCUUUACAAGCAUAAAACUGAACCAAAAGGGGGAUCCUAUUUUGUGAAAAAGAUCUAAUUGAAUAAAAGUGUAAUGAUUUCAAAGACCUUAUCCUUAUCCAGUCAGAGAGCUGAAGUAUGUGAAUUGCUUGUUUGCUGUAGCCUCAUAGUUUGUACAUAGGUAUGAAAGUGAAAUCAAUAUCGAUGGCCUAAAAAUAUCAAACUCUUCCUUUAUCUUUCUGUAGAGACGGUUUCAAUCCAUGCAGUAUAAAAAAAUGAAUAGCAGCAGUGGUUAAACACACAAACCUCUUGCUUGAUGCACAUGUGAAUCACUUUAUUUUUGUUAAUAUAAUAAGCAGUAGUUUAAAAAGGGUUUGAAUUGCUUUUGAAAGAAACUAUUUCUUAAAGUUAUACCAACACAGAAAUCAAGAAAAACAGAUAAAUUUCAAAAAAGGUUUCAAAAUGUCAGUGUAUGAAUGAAAUCCUUAUUUAUAACUGUGUGUCUGCCAAAAUCUCUCUCUCUCUUUUCCCUGUUUCAUUUGUCAGUGUUUGCUAUGACAUUCUUGAUGAAGAGAAAAAAAAACUCAUGCAGAGUGACUUCCAACAAGCAGCAGAUUGAAAAGAUUAUUCACUGUUUACUGACACCUAAAUGAAUGUAACACAAGUGCAAUCCAUGAAUAAAUUCUGAUCCUUUGAA